AUGAACAGCAACUCGACCCUCCCUCGUUCCGUCCGCAUAUCUCUGCACCACACCCCGAAGAUCGUCUACAUUUGCACCGAUGACCCUGACCUUCCCGUGUUCUACUUCGACCCUCUCAUCAGUCCUAUCUCGUUGCGCAGCUUCACACCGAAGAACGCGCCAUUUGUACUCCAUGAGGACGCGAUCUUCGGCCCGAAUGACGCUGAGGACGACGACUUUGAGCUCGCUGACGAGAACCUGAACUGCCUCCACCUCGACUACAACAUGAUCUUGAAGCCAGUGAAAUCGCUCACGACCAAGGAACGUAACGAGUCGCAAUUCGGAAGCGCCUUCCAUCUGCCUGUGGGAUCCUUCGCCUCACGAAGUUGA